AGAUAUUAUAGUUGUAAUGCAUGCAAUAAAACUUUUACAGAAUUAUCAAGGUUGGAGUUUCAUCUUAUGAUCUGUGCUGCAGAGAAAUAUGAGUGUAGUAAAUGUGGCAAGCUGAUGUCCACUAGACAAGAACAUCGUGAACAUAAAAAGAUCCAUGAAAAUGAAAAAAGACACACAUGCAAUGUUUGUGGAGUAUCAUUCAAAUUAGUGGGUACACUUACUCAACAUAUGAUAUUACAUACCGGUAUGAAACCAUAUGAAUGCAAGUUGUGUCUGAAAACUUUUGCUCAGAGAAGUCAUCUUUGGAAACACAAAAAGACUCAUUCUGAAGAACGUCCUUAUGUUUGUCCAAUCUGUGGGAAAUGCUUCCGACAAAGUAGCUUUAUGCCCAUCCAUAUUCGAACACACACUAAAGAGAAGCCGUACAAAUGUGAAGGUUGUGAGAAAUCAUUUGCAUCAAGUACCCAAUUAACUAAACAUAGACGUACUCAUACCGGUGAGAAAAAUUACCCAUGUUUGACUUGUGGGAAAGCAUUCAGUUCUCCAAAUUCUCUAAAGAUUCAUAUACGUGGACAUACAGGAUAUAAACCAUUUUCUUGUGAAUUUUGUGACAUGACUUUCACCUCAAAAAGUCAUCAGGUUUCUCAUGUUCGGUCCCAUACUGGAGAGAAACCAUUUAAAUGUGACAUCUGUGGUAAAUCUUUUGGUAUCAGCAGUCACCUGACUAGACAUAAAUUAACUCAUUCAGGAGAGAAGCCAUUUCAGUGUGGAAUCUGUAAUCGUUCUUUUGCUACAAGCUAUUAUCUUCAGAUACAUAUUGCUAAACAUUCU